UUGCACGGACAGACGGGCACACGCGCAGGCAGGCAGACAGACACACGCGGACGCACAGACACACGCACACCCCUCCCUGCUCGGCCCUGCGCUGGGAGUGGGUGCAGCCCCGAAGGCGAUCCUGGAGAACAACCUUUCCCUGUCGCUGUUGCCGGCUCCCUCCGGGCUGGACCCGGGGAGCUGCGUGCCGGAUCAAACCUCUCCCAAAGGGCUGAGCUCGCCAGCCUGGUGCCUGCAGCCGGAGCCGGCCUCCGGCUUGGCGGGCAGAGGCCAGGUGUCCUGGAACAAGUGCGGCCCGGGGACAGACUGGCUGCCUGGCGGCAGGCAGAAGGUCUGCGAGCAGAUGGGCUCCGACGUCCGAGACCUCAACGCGCUGCUGCCCUCCGUGCCCUCUCUGCCUGGCAACAGCAACUGUACCAUGCCGGUGAGCAGCGCGGCGCAGUGGGCUCCCGUCCUGGACUUCCCCCCGGGGACCUCCUACGGCUCUCUGGGGGCGCAUUCCUUCAUCAAGCAAGAGCCGAGCUGGAACGGGUCGGACCCGCACGAGGAGCAAUACCUGAGCGCCUUCACCGUCCACUUCUCCGGUCAGUUCACGGGCACGGCCGGGGCUUGCCGCUAUGGGCCCUUCGGCGCCCCGCCGCCCAGCCAGCCGCCCUCCGGCCAGGCGAGGAUGUUCCCCAACGCUCCCUACCUGCCCAACUGCCUAGAGAGCCAGCAAGCAAUCCGCAACCAGGGUUACAGCACCGUGGCGUUUGACGGGACCCCCAGCUAUGGCCACACGCCGUCGCACCACGCCGCCCAGUUUACAAACCACUCCUUCAAACACGAGGACCCCAUCAGCCAGCAGCCCUCGCUAGGGGAACAGCAAUACUCGGUGCCUGCUCCUGUGUACGGCUGUCACACCCCCACCGAUAGCUGCACUGGCAGCCAGGCCCUGCUCCUCCGGACCCCUUACAACAGUGACAAUUUGUACCAAAUGACCUCACAGCUUGAGUGCAUGACAUGGAAUCAGAUGAAUUUGGGAUCUACGCUGAAGGGCCAUACGGCAGGAUAUGAAAAUGAGAACCACAGUGCUCCCAUGUUGUACAGCUGUGGGGCCCAAUACAGAAUACAUACGCAUGGAGUUUUUAGAGGCAUACAAGAUGUCCGACGGGUGCCAGGAGUAGCUCCAACUAUUGUUCGAUCAGCAAGUGAGACAAAUGAAAAACGUCCCUUCAUGUGUGCGUACCCUGGCUGCAACAAGAGAUACUUUAAGUUGUCCCAUUUACAGAUGCACAGCAGAAAGCACACUGGUGAAAAGCCUUAUCAGUGUGAUUUUAAGGACUGUGAACGAAGAUUUUCUCGUUCAGACCAACUCAAACGCCACCAAAGACGACACACAGGUGUGAAGCCCUUCCAAUGUAAAACCUGUCAGAGAAAGUUCUCCAGAUCUGAUCAUCUGAAGACUCAUACCAGGACUCAUACAGGUAAAACAAGUGAAAAGCCUUUCAGUUGCCGGUGGCCCAGCUGUCAAAAAAAAUUUGCCAGGUCUGAUGAAUUAGUUCGUCAUCACAACAUGCACCAGAGGAACAUGACUAAGCUGCAGUUGGCCCUUUAGGCAGUCCAAACAAGUGAAUAAACCAGUGGGACAUUAUGAGC